UCACCGUCUCGGUUUUCUUGGUCGGAACAUGGGCGUGUAUAUAGACUCGUGAAUGCCCUCACUCUUGGGGCUCUUCUCCCCUCUGACGACAUUUCCAGCUCGCCUGCUUGGUUCACGACGCUUCAUUGUUCUUCGACUCACGACUAUAACAUCACACGACCAACUCUCCAACCUUCCCUCGCUUACACUUCGCCGACACCGCUGUACUACCGUUAGAACACAAUACUUCAACUUGGAAAAACAAAACAGUACAAAAUGGACUUUUCUCCAGCCCUGUCCAUCAACAGCGAUAUGACAGACGAAGAGCUGGACAAGUACUUUGCGAGCUGUGUUCCGCUGUCCAACCUGCCAACCCCUCCGCCAGCAAAGGAGCCCACACCCACGCGAGUAUCAACGCCAACCGCCCAAACAUCGACACAGUCCUAUGACACGAGCAGCCCUCCACAACCAAAAGUAUACGCAACUCACCUCGCCAACCUCGUUCCGCCCAACGUCUCCACCCACCGCCCUCAUGCAUCGGUCAUUCAAGGGUUCCUCGACCGUGCUGGCCUGCCAGAUGAGAUUGUCGCCUUUGCGGGAUGUGUGCUGGAUGCGUUGAGCAGCCGGUUCGCAGCUACUUGGCGGGAUGCUCUUGCGCCGAGCGACUAUGCACGCGACCUGAAGAAUUUCAUGAUGGCAGACUCGCGUCAGAACAUGCAUGUUAGCCCAGACGUGAUUGUCUUGGCUGCUCUUUCGCUCGCGCAUGGCUUCCUCGUUGACCGCCAGCGCUCCUCCCGGCACUGGAGCAUCAGGGAGAGCGACGGUGCUUUCACCGUGCAGGAGAUCGAGGCCACGAGGAGGGCUAUCCUACAGGACAUGGACUAUGGCCUUGCUCGCAUUUCCAAUGACAUGGUGCAGUGGAGGCUGAAGAACAUGCAGCGACCCAGCACAGCUCCUGCACCCGCAUCAACGCCUACCACGACCGUGAUGAAGCAACGACGGAACCUCUCCAUCAGCCUCCAAGGUACUGCCAUCUGGAGCUACGGCGUUCAGACCCCAGAGCCCAGCCCAUAGAGUGGCGGUCUCCCAUGGACGAGCAACGAAUUCUGUUCAGUCGACUCUUUUUAAUCGUUUUGCUGCGUACAUUCACGAUACCCAUAUCCUUUUGGCAUUUUUCGCGAUCAGUUGCUAUGCGCAUCUCUCGGCGUUCUUCGGCAUCAAUCGGGCCAUCCACUGUGCAGACAACAGGCUUGUUGUCACCUCGUAUACAUUUGUUUCAGGGUGGAGUUGAGUGGGUUUGGUGGCCUGAUGCCAAUGGUCUAUGCUUCAUGUUUCGAGUACGCUAUUUGUGUAAUACUAGCUGCGAAAGUUGGAGGACUGAGCUUCUUGUUUGAUAUAAUCCCUACCGACAUCGUGUGCAAGACGAAUUUAAUCGACUUUGGCAUUCAUAUCGAGCACCUCAUGCACGUGAUGUAGAUUUGCCGCGAUCGAGUGAGGUAAUCUCUGGGACUGUGCGAGAAGC